UUCCCCUGAGCCACAAAGGGGGGCCUCCAGUCCUCUGACCUCAUAAACGCACCCCUCGGCAAAGGGGGGAGCCCCGCCCCCUAGAUGCUCCUCCUCCGCCCGGCCAGACGCGUCCCCCAGCCCUUCCCCCCCUUGUGCGGCCAGCGGCAGUCAUGAGGGGGACCCCUAGCUCUCUGGAAACCCUGCUGUGGGUCUACCACUUCCAUAGCUCCACGGAGGUGGCCCUCCAGCCCCCGCUCCUCUCUUCCCUGGAAGUUGCUGCGGCUGCAGCCCGUGAGUAUCUGGAGCAGAGGUUCGCAGAGCUGAAGUCCCUAGAGCCGCGAGAGCUGGAGAAGCCGCCCGCCCCGAAGCCCACCCUGGGGCUGGUGCUAAGAGAAGCCGCGGGCAGCGUCAUGAACUUCGGGGCCACCUUGUUAGAGAUCUCAGCCCUGUGGGUGCAGCAGGAGAUACGGCGACUAGACGCGGACGGCAGCCCGGGACGAGCCCCAGACGACGGGGAUCCCGGUGGAGCCCUGGCCCGGGUAGCCCAGGCCGCCGGGCAGGCGGCUUUGCAAGCCGGGUCUGCAGCUGGCGCCAGUGCUCGGCUUCUGCUCCAGGGGGCGUGGCUCUGCCUGUGUGGACGAGGUCUGCAGGGGUCCACCUCAUUCCUGCAGCAGUGGCGACACGCCCUGGACCUCGCGACCCCCGGGGAACCGGGGAGUUCCGGAAGAGGGGAGAGUUGGGGGCCAGAGAAGGCGGGGCUGGGUAGGUACUAAGUUGGCCCGCCCCCAACAGAGACACUCAAGAGACCUCAAGGUGGCGUCCGGUAGCAUUGGGACCGGAGAAUCCACCACCGUCCCAGCCCCGCUCCUCCUCCUCCAAAUAAAGCCCAGGUGGGGACGCGACAGCUAAGACUUCUCCUGAGUCAGUAGGUUUUAGCCCCGGCCUCUCCCAAGGGAGCCCCUUGGCCCCGCCCCGUGCAAUCUGGCUCCACCCUUCACGAAGGCCAUGCCCCCCAUGGGCACGGCCGGGAGGACCCACUCUGCCCUCACCUGCCCAGCAGCGGCACGCUCAGAGACGUCUCCGGGAUUUUCUGGGCAAUUAGGAACAAGAAGACGGUCUGGGCGAGCAGGACGUUGAUGGAGACGGUGCAUUUCUGGCCACCGGCUGGAGGGAGGGACCUGGUCGGAGCAGGCCCCACCCCCGGGAGCGAGUCCAGCUAUGGGGUCUGAGCGACUCCUUACCCUGCGCCGGCAGGAAGUAGGCGAGCAGCACCAGGCCCGAGAUGAGCACGCAGGGCACGAUGAUGUUAAUGACGUAGAAGAGGGGCUUCCGGCGAAUGAUGAGCGUGUAGGUGACGUCGCUGUCCCCCGGGUCAUCAGGGGAGCCACCAUCGUGGCGGCGGAUCACCCCAGGGCAGAAGUCGAUGGCCCACUCGCCGUUCUCUGCAGGACAGGAGGCAUGGUCAGCCGGCUCUCAAGGGUGGUGCCCCCUGCUCUGCGGCCCAACACCUGACCUCCGGUGCCUGUAACUCCGAGCGAGGAGGGGAUGCGAACCUUCUGGACCCCGGUGGGUGGGGCAGGUGGCCUGGACAACUUGGGCCGUGGGCUAUCGGCCUGAAGCAAUUCGGGCACAAAAGGGUAUUUUCGGGCAAGGCACGGAACCACCACAAGCGACAAUCAAUCGAGAAUGAUUUCAGGAGAGGGUCACCUUCAAGCGUGAUUGCCCAAGUCAACCCCGGCACCAAGGGCCUGGGGCAACCCCACUUCUGCCCCAUCCCGAAGCGGGCUUUUCGGAGCAGGAGAGCUCCUCACCAGUAUAGGCCUCGGUGUCGAUUUCAAGCUUGCUGAUGGUCUCGCCCAGGUCGUCCACAGCAAAGACGAACUCCACCUCUUCGGCACUGUACGUCUGGGAGCUGCGGAGCCAGGGCCAGGACCCCCACCCCAGAGGCUCGGACUCGGGCCCCAGCCUCCGGCCCCUCCCUGGAAGCUGGCGUCUGGCCCCGCUCCACGCCCGUUUUCCCACCCUUACUUCUAACCCGCUGGAAUGUCUGGCUCCGCCUCCAGCACGAAGCCCCACCCCAUCAGCUGUCCCCCACCCCUGCCCACGUAAUCCCACGGCAGCCCCUCUUCCCACCGGAACACCAGCGAGCAGUUCUGCCAGUCGAAGGGGAAGUAGGUGACCUCCACGGCGCAGGUGCUGCGGUAGAUGGCCGGGGGCAACCAGCUCACGUAGCCGCCCUCGGAGACCAGCACGUUGGCUUCAUAGGCCACGCCGAACUGGCCGUCGAUGCUGUGGGUUCCCGGAAACCCAGGGUUUGCGGCAGGUCCGCGGCCCCCUCUCUCUUAGAGCAGCACACCUGUCCCAACCGGGUCCAGCCCCACGCCCCAGACCUCGGCUUCCCUCCAGUCUGGCCCGGUCCUCACUUGUUUUCCAGCACAAUCUCUGGCAGCCACACGUGUUCUGAAGGGACCCGCAGCGUUCCUAUGCCCCCAAAGUCGGCCUUGCUGUAGUUGAGCCGGUAAUCAGACCAGUCCUAGGGGGUAGGGGACGGAAGGACAUGUGCCCUGUUGCCAGUGACAAGUUGGGGAGAGAAAGGGGUCCCCUGGACGAGCCCUCACACGGUUCCCCCCACUCGACUCACGAUUCCAAUCCAGACGCUGGUGGUCAGGGUCUCCUCCUUCUCGUUCUGCGGAUGGGAAAUGGGGAUGAUUGACGCGAGCUCAGCCACUGGGGCCGGAGUGGCAUUUGAGGCUCAGAGGUGGCAUUUGGGGGUGGACGUGGGGGUCCCUUACCAGUGAGAUGAGGUUGGUCAGGGUGACUUUGAGGGAGACGGUGACAGUGUCCUUGGGCUCCCGCACAGGCCGGCGUCCUGGGUCAUAGUUGUCGAAGAGAUGGUGGUAGAGACGCAGCUCCUCAUUCUUCCCGGAACCUCUGCCUGGGGCUGAGGUCAAGGGGUGGGGGUCAUUGGAGACAAGAGACUAAGGAGCCGCUCCCCAGCCUCUGAGUCUGCAGGGCCCUGCUUCUCUGUGUGUCUGUCUGAGGCUAUUUUUCCGUCUGUCUCCUGAACCAGUGAUAUUUGGCCUGGGGACCAAAUAUCACGUCUCUGUCUCCACCUCGCUCUGUCUUUGUCCUGUCCUGUUAUGUCAGUAUCCUGUGUGUGUCCGACCACUUCCCUGACCCUGGUCCAUACCGAGGAGCUGCAAGAGGAGCAGGGCGCUGAGCAGAGCCCCUGCCAUCCUGCUGUCUGGUCCCCCAGGGUUAUUCUGAGCUUUGGCAGGCUUGGCGGGGGACAAGCCAGGGUGCUCGAGUGAGGGGGAGGAGGGUGUUAGUUCCGGGCUCAGUUAGGGGACUGUCACCUAAUCCUCCUACCACCCCUGCGGCAGCCAGGGAUGUCUUGGCUGCUUCCAGAGGCAGCUGCCCCAUCCUGAGUUCCCUGCCCCCACCCUCAUCCCAGCAGCUCUUGCCUGGUCUUCCGCCAGCUCCCCAGCCACAGACCCAACCCUCUCACGACUGGAGCAGGCCCAAUGC